GGCGGUUACUGCUUCCGAGGUCAUUUAACUGGGACGCGUCUUUCGGUGCAGACUUGGCGCGCGCCUGCAGGAGCGGCGCCAACCUGCGCCCAAACCCGGGCAAAUGACUUCCCUCUGCCCUCGCUCAGUGCUCGGCUACCAUUUCCUUCCGUCUUUGCUCCGCUCUGUGUUUAACGGCGCGCGCCAGACAAGACCGGGGACGGAGGCCGCAGGGCUCUCCUGGCCAGGCUCGCCCCUGGAUCCCACCCCGCGGAGGGCCGUGCAGCUCCCGGCGCUCCGGCCGCUGACCAGCGCCCGCAGUCUGAGCCGAGGGUGCCGCAGCGCCAGUAAUGUCGGGGCCCAGGCUGGAAGAACACGGCGUGGGGAGGCUGGGAGCCGGCAAGCCAACAAGGCACAAGUCAUCUCCCCCAGCAAACGGGCCCGGCCUGCGGAGGAGGGCGGCAUGCGGCUCCGCUUUGUCCGGCUUUCGGAGCACGCCACCGCUCCGACCAGGGGGUCCGAGCGCGCCGCGGGCUAUGACCUAUACAGUGCCUAUGAUUACACAGUACCACCUAUGGAGAAAGCCCUUGUGAAAACAGACAUUCAGAUAGCUCUUCCUUCUGGGUGCUAUGGGAGAGUAGCUCCACGUUCUGGCUUGGCUGCAAAACACUUCAUAGAUGUAGGAGCUGGUGUCAUAGAUGAAGAUUAUAGAGGAAAUGUUGGUGUUGUACUGUUUAAUUUUGGCAAAGAAAAGUUCGAAGUCAAAAAGGGUGAUCGAAUUGCACAGCUCAUUUGUGAACGGAUAUUUUACCCAGAAAUAGAGGAAGUUCAAGUUUUAGAUGACACUGAAAGGGGUUCGGGAGGUUUUGGUUCCACUGGAAAUAAUUAAAAUUUAUGCCAAGAACAGAAAAUGAGAAAAUAUACUUUUUCCUUGAAAAUAAAGACUUUGCUUAAAGUGU